AUGACGGCUCUUACAUCAUCCCAGCCGGAGAGUCACUCGGAGCAGCCUGAAAUGGAGAACACCGCGGAGAUUGAAUACGAUUCCCCAAAGGAGCAGCCGAGCAUCGGGCGAAAGAGGAGGCCUACGAGGGGAAAUAGGACAACGGCCUCCUCCCACAACACUUUCAUCGACAUGCAGUCGUUUGAUCAAGCGACUCAGAUCAACCGCGAUGUCAACCCAAACACUGGCACUCAUGGAUCCGUAUUCAUUGGAUCAAGAGCAUAUGACAACUCUUUGAUGAUCAGUGGGGGUAUCACACCGGAAGAGCUUAUCAGUCUAAUGAGCGCCCACUUUCAAAUGCGAAGGAGGGGGGAAAACUAA